AUGAUAGUGGGAUGCUUCUACGACCCACCCUACGUUCCGAACGGCUUGAAGGUGCUGGCCGCGGUUGAGCUCUCCGUCAUUGUGAUGGCCGUGCUGGCACUGGCGGCAAUGUCGGUGGCCGUGUACCGGAGCAAUUUGACGACCAAUUUGAGCCGGGUCAUACUGCUCAAUGACAUGAUGUGCGCGAUGGGAUAUCUGCCGACGAGGUGAGAGAAUAAAAAAUGAAGUGCUGGAUGUGCGACGCGCUGAUUUUAUUUAAAGUUUACAUCCAUAUUUUGAACAUGGGUCACAAAUUAGUCAUUGGAAGUUUAAUAUUAGCUCGCAAACUCCAGCAGCAGCCGAGAUAUUCAUCGAUCUUUGCGGCUUAAAGAGUACAGGAAACGCGGAGACCGAUCCGAGAGAAAAACACUUUUUGGCCAUAUCUUUGCCAAUUUCAAAUCGAUUUUUUGUUGAAACAUUUUUCUCUACAAUAGAAAUAGGCAUCCAACUUUUGAUGCCAAAAUUCGCAAAAUAUGAGACAUUUUUUGCCACUUUUUAUCUAAAAAUCUCGAUCGUCUCUGCAAAGCGCAAGCUAGAAGUCUCUUUUAUUUCUAAUAAAAACUUUUGCCACACUACAGCGAGGGACCCGAUCCAGUGGCAAAAAACGUACCAUUUUACUUCCGGGAAGUAUCAAAAAUGUGGCAAAAUGCUUCCCUCUCCAAGUGAAAAAAAACUUUUUUUGAAGGGCGCGCCCUUCCCCCACAAAAAGGAUCAGGUCCCAACUGUACGUGCUCACGUUAGCAUUAUUUUUGGCCCAGGAAGGAACGGUCUGAACCAAGAAAAAAAAAUCAAAAUCUGAAAAACGGGCCGGACCUACCAUUUUGCUGCAAUUAAAUUUGAUGACAGACGAAAUUAAGAUAGCUGUUAGAACUUCCAGACCAAGCCCCUGGCAAUGACUGCUAUCGUAGAGUCCACGACAGGCCCAGCCAAGCGAGGGACGGCAUGAAAUUUAGGGAAUUGCAUAGGUCUUCUCCACAAAAAGAAAUCCAAAAAAUCCACACAAAUUUUGACCAUCAGUCUGUCGGGAAAGCAAUGAACAAUGUCGCUGAUCACGUCGCUGCAGUAAAAAACAAUUUGAUUUUGCCGCGACACAAUCAAUGUUCUCAGCGGCAAUGCGAUUUUCGAUGCGAUUGAGUGCUCAUUAUUUUCCCGACAGACUGAUAGAUGUUCACUUUUCAGAGCCUACAUGUUAUAUGGCCUUAUAUCCGACGACCUGUUCUACUCCGAUCGGACAAAUUUCGGAGUUCGCCGGAUCCACGACUAUUUUUUGUCGGCUCGUUAUAACACUCUUGGUACCAUCGGGCUGGCCGUAAAUCUGUUCAGCCGAUAUCCAAAGUGUAAUUUCGGCACACGCGGUUCGAUGAUUGGGCUGGCUGUCAGCGUGGCGCAAUGGGCCAGCUCAAUCUUUAUAUUGCAACUGGAUGCGAGAUGUAAGAGGCAUUCAGUUGAUUUGCAAUAAGUUUUGAUGUUUAGAUAAGGAAGUUCAAGUGGCCAUCUUCUUUUACUACGCGCUAACUUUGACAGUUAGCAUUUGGGUAAGAAAAAAUAACGAUUUUUAGCGCUGUUGCGCACUUUUUAGGCCGUCCGAGCGUUUCGAAAGAAUCUUGUGCGACUCUAUGGACUGAACAGGUAUCAUAUCGCCAGAAAAGUGGAUGUAAGUAAAAUACGGCAUUUUUUCUACGGGUUUUGGGCUUUACAGUGAAACCUCUGUACAACGAACUUGCUGCAAAAAAACUUGUUUAUUAGUCUGUCGGGAAAAUAAUGAGCACUCUGAUGCAUCAAAAAUCGCAUCGAAAAAAUGAAUUGUGUCGCCGCAAAAUCAAUUUGCUUUUCACUUCAACGACGCAAUCGGCGUAUCGAAAUUGUGCUCAUUAUUUUCCCGACAAGCUGAUAUAUUUUUUUCAGUCUGUCGAGAAAAUAAUGUGGACCAUUUGCAAUUUGCCGUUUGCUACUUUUACCUAAUUUUCGUUUCCCUUUCAGAUCUCAAUCCAGAUCCGCUCGCUGAAAACAAUGCAGACCUUGCUCGACCUCUCCGCCGUCCGCCUGACCAUUUGCACUUGUCUGCUCGCCUUUAUCGUCUUUUACCAGAUGGCCAAGUGUCUGACCGUCGACUACAAGUACACCGGAAUGCUGCACGACAUUCUGUUCGAGGCGUUCGAUGUCAUCAUUCCCGUGUUGACACUGUCGGAGAACUACACGCUGCGAAUGAAGGUGUCCUGUUCGUCGGCGCGAAUUGUCCCCAUGCAGAAUGCGCUGGGCGAUAAGAUAUCGCUGGUCAACAACGACACGGACGCGCACUUCACGACGCUGAAAAACUUUUGGGACGCGGGCUGUGCGUUCCCUGAGCCGCGACGAGCUCGCAGUGUAUAGUAUGUAAUGGCGAGCGAAAGCAGUUUUUAAAUGUGCCAUGGUAUGUACAUAUUGCCUGCUUUUAGUCAUGUAUAUUAAGCGGGUCUCGUUCUGUGAUAUCGCCGUCUUCAAAGGGCUCUUGCCAUCUUGCAUAUUUGUAACAAAGCUUGCAAUAAAUGAAUAUUCAGAUGACUUGGAUAAUAAUUAUGGGUAUAGUCAGUCAUAUUAGGGUGUCCCAUAAGUCUUGCAAAUUUUUGGUUUUAAGUGUCAUUUCGAGGGCCUAAAGAACUACCCUCCUUAGUGUUUGGUACUGUUAAAAUUGCCAUUUCUUACACCUGUUAACAACAUAGAAAUUUUAACCAACCACAUGCCCUCCGGGCAAAUACUUGACAUUCUUUAAUACCAUCCACUUUUGGGAAGGGUUAGGAGAACGAUUCCGUUCCUUGGUAAGUGAGGCUGCACCUUUGUCACCACAAUUUUUUUUAAAAAUCGACUGAGUACUCUUCGACGUUUAGUGGGCCAACAGGUCUAUUUUUACAAAGCAUAUAUCCAUUUUAAAAUCAGCAACCAAAAUUUUUCUUAAUGUCUAGUACAGUUUUGGGGCAAUGUGGGUACCAGGUGGACCUUAUGUGCCCUUUAUAUAUAUGAUUUAGAAGCGCUUUGUUUGAGCUUCAAAACCGUAUAUCCAACAUACCCCGUAAUGCGUUUCAAAGCUUACAAGGAUUCGCACAAAUCGACGACCCAAAAAUUUGCAAGACUUAUGGGACGCCCUAAUAUUAUACGUAUUUUGUGUCCAGCUUUUGGCGCAAUUUGUCCAUUGCAAUAUUUUGGUUGCGUUCCUGUGGUUGUUGGCCUAACAACCUGCCGGCAGGUAUGAUAUCAGUCCGUCGGGAAAAGAAUGAGCAAUCUAUCGCAUCGAAAAUUUCAUCACAGACGAGAAAACGAAUUGUGCUUUUCACUUCAGCCACGCGAUCGGCACAACAACCUCAUUUUGUUCCACGUUUUCCAGACAAGCCGCUGUAUAAAGUUUAAUAAGAGAAUAGAUAAGAGCACGACAGCCCGCCAGGAUCCGAACGGAACUCCAAAAAUACCUCAUUCCGUAGCCUUGUCAAUUCUGGGAAGGAACUGCAACAAUCAGGGGCCUGUUUCAUCAACGAAAAAUAAAUAAAAUAAACGAAAGGGAAAGCGAGAGAACACCCAAAACACGUUUCGAAGCGAGAGAGUCGCGACAGAUUAGUAGAGACCAUCUAUAGAGCGGCGCAUUUAUCAGAGAGUGACUUUUUACGUCCAAAACGGGGGUUCUCUACAGUAAUCAGUGGAUAACUCGGCUCCCGGUGGUCGUAGAAUCACCCUUCCAAAAACCAAAUAAAGCUAUUCCCUAGAGCUACGUGAUAUCCAAAUUUCAUAUUUAUACUUCAAAAAAUGAACUCAGUAGACACCUAGUAGAUCGUAGUAUUCAACUUUUUUGACGUUUUUUUCUGAAAAAUAUUAUUUUUUCAGUCAAUUUUUGACAUAAUGGGAUAAAAUGGGUAUCAGUCGAUAGCCAAACGUUUACUCUACAAAACUUUUUUAGAGGGGCGGUUUACUUCAAAAAAUGAACUCGGUAGACACCUAGUAGAUCACAGUAUUUACGCUUUUUUUACGUUUUUUCGGGAAAAACCUUUGUUUUUCACUCAGUCUUUAACAUAAUGGGAUAAAAUUAGUACCAGUCGAUAGCCCAACGUCUAAUCUAUAAAAAUUUUUUAGAGGGGCGGCUUCUUUUGCCCUGUGGCCUGCGAAACGUCUAUGUUUACUGCCAUGAACCACCGUUUUUGACACAAAAAACCAUCGCGUUUCGAGGGCGCUUUUCCUCUCUUUUGGUUUUUUCGGAAACGAUCGAAGGACUUUUUACGCAAAUAAAGCCGCCCCUCUAAAAAUUUUUAUAGAUUAGACGUUGGGCUAUCGACUGGUACUAAUUUUAUCCCAUUAUGUUAAAGACUGAGUGAAAAACAAAGGUUUUUCCCGAAAAAACGUAAAAAAAGCGUAAAUACUGUGAUCUACUAGGUGUCUACCGAGUUCAUUUUUUGAAGUAAACCGCCCCUCUAAAAAAGUUUUGUAGAGUAAACGUUUGGCUAUCGACUGAUACCCAUUUUAUCCCAUUAUGUCAAAAAUUGACUGAAAAAAUAACAUUUUUCAGAAAAAAACGUCAAAAAAGUUGAAUACUACGAUCUACUAGGUGUCUACUGAGUUCAUUUUUUGAAGUAUAAAUAUGAAAUUUGGAUAUCACGUAGCUCUAGGGAAUAGCUUUAUUUGGUUUUUGGAAGGGUGAUUCUACGACCACCGGGAGCCGAGUUAUCCACUGAUUACUGUAGAGAACCCCCGUUUUGGACGUAAAAAGUCACUCUCUGAUAAAUGCGCCGCUCUAUAGAUGGUCUCUACUAAUCUGUCGCGACUCUCUCGCUUCGAAACGUGUUUUGGGUGUUCUCUCGCUUUCCCUUUCGUUUAUUUUAUUUAUUUUUCGUUGAUGAAACAGGCCCCAGAGACCCACAAUUACAUAUUCCAUGUGUUUUCAUAUUCGUUUCCUUGACUAAUGCCCCCUCAAACUUUCAAAAUUUAUUCAGUUAGACAGCCGGUCUGGGAGUGCAAAAAUUUGCUUCCAGAGAAAAGUCUAUGACCUCUAAUUUGAAACCUGAUUGUCUUAGCACCCCCGAGAUCUCGGUCGGAUUAUGGGUUUUGUCAGCGGUUGAAUUGGUCAUCGUCUUUGUUUCGCUCUCUACUGAAGUGAUUUUUGUCGUCGCAUUGAGUCGAUAUCGACUGCUUACGAAUCUCAGCAAGGUGCUCUUGCUGAACGAAUGCCUGUGCUCGUUUGGAUCGCUUAGUUUACGGUGAGUAAGGCAAUAUAUUUUGAGUAGGCCCUCUUACCAGUCUGUGGGGGAAAUAAUGAGCGCAAUGUCACAUCGAAAGUCGGAAAAUCACAUCGCCGCCGCACAUCAUUCCAAACUUUUUUGUGAGCAAAAUCCGGCGUCGAAAAAGCCGUGAAAAUAAAUUGUGUCGCGGCAAAAUUAAAUUUCUUUUCAAUUCAGCGGGGCAAUCGGCACAGCGACAUUGUACUCAUUAUUUUCCCGACAUACUGAUCGGCCGGCCAGAAAGUCUUGACGUCUUUUCGUUCGUGCGGUCGGCACCGCUGACUGGUUUUGCGAGACAAACAAUCAGGUCAUUGCGAUAGCCGAGAGUUUGCUGAAAUUUUUAAUUCACUGGAAUUGGUAGGGCGCAGCUCGGAAAAAAGCUCACAAGGGAAGUCACCUUUUUCGCAGACGGACUUUGGUACAGGACCUAGUAGGUUUCAAAAGUGAAGCGUCUGCGAUCACAAAACUGAUUUCCAAAAGUGUUUACGGAGCUUCUCGGCCGAGAAAAUCGACCGCAAAGUUUAGCCGAAAUGAGCGAAUAGCCUCCUCAAAAGAAACAGCUUAUUUCAUCUGCAGUGGGGCCGAGUGUUCAGCGCGCUCGCUUUUUGCGCCAGAAAGGUCGGGUUCGAUCCUCUGCGCAGUUUAUUUUCUUUUUUGGUUUGUAAAUAUUGAUUUAGUAUGUAAACAUAAAAUGUAUACACUUUCUUAUUUUUUUACAGCAAUUUAAACAUAAAUUCAAGGCUGAAUGUUCAUGAAUACUGUAAAGUCAAACAGUUUUAUGAUCGCAGACGCUUCACGUUUGAAACCUACUAGGUCGUGUUCCAAAGUCCGUCUGCGAAAAAAGUGGCUUCCCUUGUCAGAUGUAGCUUCGGCUUUUUUCCAAACGGUGACCUACCAUUUUCAGCAAGCUUCCAGUGAGCGCAUUGGCCGCAGUUCGAAUGAAAAACCACUGUGCUUUGAUCGUUGUCAGUCUGUCGGGAAAAUAAUGAGCAAAAUGUUUUUACGCCGACUAUGUCGCUGAAGUGAAAGCAAUUUGAUUUUCCUCCGAGACAAUUCGUUUUCUCAGCGGCGAUGCGAUUUUCGAUGCCACAGAGCGCUCAUUAUUUUCCCGACAGACUGAUAACGCCACAAAAAAAAUUUCAAAAAUUUCCUAUAGCCUCAUCACAUUGGUCAAUAAUCGACAAUUCUCGGACAACAGAGCUGAUCCAAUCCGAAUGUAUCACGAUUUUUUCGUCCUAACCAAGUACAACAUGAUGGGAUUGUCGGGAAUCAUAAUACAGGGUGACCCAAAAUAACGGAGACAAAAGAUUUCCCGUUUUUUCUGCGGCCUAUGAAGAUUCAUGAGUGAUUCCUUAUUUAUACUACAGUACCACGUUAGUGUAGUUUUAUAUACCGGAAGUUUUGUUGUACGACGCUCUUGUGCCUUGAACCACAUCAAUAUAUCCGGUUGACUCGGACCUUUCUGCCCGUGGGGUCUUUUUGCAAGAAAGCUGCCUUACUAAAAAAAGAAAAUUCGGAAUAGUUUGAGAUUUGCUCUGCUUAAUUAUCAUAAUAUGGCCUUUGAAACGAGCCAUCGUACUAAGCUCAACUAUCGAUGGUUCAAAAGUUACAGCCGAGUAUUUUCAGGGAGUUGAAGUGCAAAAAUCGGCCUUUUUUGAAAAUGUAUCGGUAAAAAGGAGUUUAAAUGUUAGAUAAGGCAAAAUGUAAUAUGAGUUACUACAACAUGAUUAAAGGAACAGCAUAGAACCAAAAGAGAAACAUUUUGUAACUGCUACGGAAUGCUAUUUGGUAAUCACUAGAAUUGUGCCUUAUUUUUGCCUUAGGCGGAAUACCAGUCGAGCCGGUGACACAUAAAGACCGAAAGUGCCCUAGGCCGUUUCUCAAGAGUCGUAUUCAUAAUUGUACAAGAGCAGAAUGCGCCGUUUUUAUCUAUCUUGUCAUUUUGUUAUCGAUAACCCAUCUUUCUCAAAGCCGCGUGCCAUAGGGUGGUUCUGGGCGAGAAACUUGUCAAGGAAAAUCUGUUGCAACCAGCAAGCAAUCACAGCUUUUUCCAGAAUUAUUGUAUUUAUGAAUAGAAUACAUUCUAGCGGUUUUAGCUUUAUUCUAAAAAAACUGAAUUUUUGAUUGAAAAAAUUUGGAAAAAAUGGCGAUCUUCAAUGUUGAGAUUGGUACCACCGUAGAAAUAAAAACCGUAGCCCAGAAACCUACAUAACUGCUUGCUUAGAGACGUAGUAGUCUAGCAAAACAAAUGAACUUGCCAUUUCUGCGGCUGUAGUACAGCCAUGCUCUACACAACACAAAGGAACCAAAAUUGAGGGCCAAAAAAUGGCGCAAGGCAUUUUUGUUAAGCUGUAACUUUUUCCUGCGACAUGAUGACUCCGCCAAAUUUUCGUGGAUUAUAGAGAAAGUCUUAUAGAAUAUUACCCACUGUCGCUUGUGUUUCUUUAACGCCCGGGUUUCGCGGUGGGCCCUUCCAAAAUUUGUCUCCGUUAUUUUGGGUCACCCUGUAUACUUGUUUUCCAAGUACACAAAAACAAAUUUUGGACGGAAAGGGCUCUUCAAUGGGUUGUUCUUUUGUCUGUUGGCUUGGACCUUUGCAGUGACCGGUAUAGUUUAUGAUCCGAAAAGUAAGUCAAAUUGAAAGAAAAAUGACUGUGACUGCAGUACAAAUGCUCUAUGUGUUCGCGUUCAUUGGCUUCUUUUCCGUUACAACCGUCAGUGUCGUGGUGAGUCGAGGAAUUUAUGAGAUUGCUUUUUACUGCGCGGAAACUUUAUUUUAUAUCAGUCUGUCGGGAAAAUAAUGAGCACAAUGUCGCGGCGCCGAUCGCUGAAUUUAAAGGCAACCUGACUUGGCCGUGGCACAAUUAAUUUUUUCAUGCGAUUUUCGAUGCGAAAUUGCUCAUUAUUUUCCCGACAGACUGGUAUCUUUGACGUUAUCCAAGAAGUAAAAUACUUAAAUAGGGAGGUUCACAUUUAUUUAAAGCUUUCGUGGAAAUAUCGACCGGAAGCCAUGUCUCAUAACCUCAUCUAUUUAAAAUUUCCUGUAUGUACGAACAGCUGAAACAGUGACUCAGAAACACUCAGAAAUUCCCGCAUGAACUAUCAGCUGCCAAAAGCAAACUAAGAUUUUAAUAAAUAAAUUUCCUUAUGAAAAUGAUAGUCUUAGACAGGAUGAUAUGACAGAGAAAACGCAUCCAGAAAUCCAACAAAAAUAGUGUUUCAUUAGCAGUGGGUUUUUCUCGCCUAGUAGUUGUGCCCGUAUACGUCACUGUAUAGAAAAAAUAUGUGAUUUACUGAGGCAAUUGGAUACCUUUUUUCGCCUGAAUUUUUCCGUGACGGUAUAUGUUGAUUGCCCCAGUUGACAACCCAAUUCAAACUUUUAUCUUUUUAUCUCGCUUACAGUAGCACAAUAGGAGUUUAUGCAGGACUUUAUGUCAAUUUGCGAUUGACUUUAAGCCCUAAAACCCGACACAGGGCGGCUAAAUUUCACAAAUUCUUUUUCAGCACGAUUUAACGUAUUUUUUGAAACUCGUCCCGUCUAAAAGUAGGAGCCCCAAUAAAAGUACUUUCCUUGUUGAAAAAUUGACUUCCCCUCACAUUGAUUGCUUCAGCUGACAAUCCCGUUCAAACGCCAUUUAUCCCGCUUAUACGGUCAGCACAAAUUCGACCUCCGCAACAAGACAAUGGUAAGAAAAGUUUCUUUCUUCUCUAUCGCCCAAUUUUUAGAUCUCGAUUCAACUCCGUUCCUUGAGCAUUUUAAAAUCAGCCCUCUAUCUUUCUCUGGCCCGUCUCUACAUCGGCGCCCCGAUCUUGACAAUUAUCUAUGCCUACCUGGCGCCAGCAUGCAUGAUGAACGCGUCCAGAUAUGUUGGGGCUCUGCACGAUAUCAUUUUUGAAAGUUUUGACACAAUCAUCCCAUUCUGGACAUUGUGGAACGAGCCACUGUUGAGGAAGAAGGCUCCAUGCUUCAGUAAACGGCAGAGCAAAAAUGUGGGAAUGAGGAACGCCUUGGGACAGAAGAUCAGUCUGAGCAACAAUGGCGAUAGAUAUUUCGAAGGGCUGCGGGGGAUGUGGAAAAUUGAAGGGUAGAAGACAGUGAUGCACUAUGUUUUUUGUGCUGUGCAUAUUAUACGGUUUACUCUUGCAAUAUGAGAUCCUAACCUCUUGAUCUACUUAUCGCAACAUAAAGUUUCGACAAUUUGCAAGUUGGGCAAGUAUGCACUGUGCAGUCUCUGGAACAGUUGAAAAAUGCACUGUGCAGUUCCUGGUGCGAAUGAAAACCGCACUCUGCAGUUUCUGGCAGCUUUGAAAAACGCACUGUGCAGCUUCUAGAACCGUUGAAAAAUGCACUGUGCAGUUCUUGGUGCGAAUAAAAACCGAACUGUGCGUUUCUGGUACAGAUGAAAAAAUGCACUGUGCAGUUCCUAGUUCAAACGAAAAAUGCACUGUGAAGUCUUUGGAACAAGUGAAAAACCCACUCUGUAGUUUCUGGAACAGCUGAAAAACGCACUGUGGAGUUCCUGGUGCAAGUGAAAAGCGCACAGUGCAGUUUCUGGAAUAGUUGAAAAAUGCACUGUGCAGUUCCUAGUGCAAGUGAAAAAUGCAUGGUGCACUUUCUGGAACGGUUGAAAAACGCACUGUGAAGCUUCAGGUGCAAAUCAGAACGCACUGUGCAGUUUCUAGUGUAAGUGAAAACGCACUGUGCAGUUUCUGGAACAGCUGAAAAACGCACAGUGAAAUUCUUGGUGCGAAUGAAAACCGCACUGUGCAGUUCUCGGUGCAAGAGAAAAAAGCACUGUGCAUUUUCUGGAACAGUUAAAAAAAGUGCACUGUGAAGCUUCAGGUGCAAAUCAGAACGCACUGUGCAGUUUCUAGUGUAAGUGAAAACGCACUGUGCAGUUUCUGGAACAGCUGAAAAACGCACAGUGAAAUUCUUGGUGCGAAUGAAAACCGCACUGUGCAGUUCUCGGUGCAAGAGAAAAAAGCACUGUGCAUUUUCUGGAACAGUUAAAAAAAGUGCACUGUGAAGCUUCAGGUGCAAAUCAGAACGCACUGCGCAGUUUCUAGCGUAAGUGAAAAACGCACUGUGAAGUUUCUGGAACAGCUGAAAAACGUACUGUGAAAUUCUUGGUGCGAAUGAGAACCGCACUGUGCAGUUCCUGGUGCAAGUGAAAAAUGCGCUGUGCAUUUUCUGGAACAGUUAAAAAAGUGCACUGUGCACUUUUUCAACUGUGGGCUCUGCCAGGGGUAAAGAUGUAUCAGUCUGUCGGGAAAAUAAUGUGGGUUAGUCGCGGCAAAAUUUCUCGCCUCGUCGCAGUCGCUCACAAAACCUCCAGCCGCGGCAGUCGUCGCAAAGCGCUAAUGAUUUUAAGACGCGACGAAUCCACAUUAUUUUCCCGACUUGCUGAAACUAGUCCUUCCGGAAAGUCGCCGGACGGAAAUCGGCGACAUUGCACUGUGAGAAAAAACUCAGGGUGCGAGCGACAGCUCGAAAAAGCUUAUUGCACAGUGCAAAAAGCCAAAAAUUGCACAGUGCAAAGUGAACUUUCGAUUUCGCAGAGUGCAUGUCGCCGAUUUCCGUCCGGCGACUUUCCGGAAGGACUAGUAACAUGUCUGUAUUAUAUAUUCGGAAAAUACACAUGUUGUAGAAAGUUGCAAUAAAUAAGUAACUACUCCGAUGAUUGCAUUACCUGUAACCUAAUGUAUUCCAUUUGUUUCUUGUUCGCUUGCAUAAAUAUUUCCGCCCCUGAAGUUUCAAAAUUUAGUAUUCAAUUAGACAGCCGUACUCACAUUCCUGCUUCAGUGCGAAAUUUUCACUCUAAGAAAGGAUUUAUGACAUCAAAUUUAGAGCUUCACUGCCUCAGCAGUCCGGACGUUACUGACGGACUGAGGAUAUUGUCAGCGGUUGAACUGCUUAUUGUUCUUAUUUCACUCUCUACGGAAGUUAUUUUUGUCGUCGCAAUAAGUCGAUAUCGAUUGCUUACUAAUCUAAGCAAGGUGCUGCUGUUGAACGAAUGUUUUUGCUCGUUUGGAUACCUCAGUUUACGGUGAGUGAGGCUAAAUAUGUAUAAUUUUUGAGUAGGGCCUUUAUAAUAAUAAUAUUAUAAAAGGUGGGUCACGAAGAGCUCUCUAGCUUGUUUUGCCUCUGCUUGUCCCUCAGGAAAGUUAUCUGACUGAUUUUUUGGCGUUUGCACUGCAUAAGGAAGGCAACAAAGUCAAGAUGCGAGCUAUCGCCAAAAAAGCCUAUUGCACGGUGCAAACGGCAAGAAAUUGCACAAUCCAAAGAAAACGUUUGUUUUCGCGCAGUGCGUGUCGCCAAUUUCAGCCCGCCAGCUUUUCGGAAGGACCAGUAACUUGCGAGCGUUUUGGGAAGCUCAGAGCAAGUUAUAGAGUAUCAGUGUGCUACAAAAAAAAAUUUCAUUGACUAUGGCGCAGAUAUGACAAUGGGGCUGGGCUUUUUGCUCCACACGCUGAAGCCCGGGCCGGUAAAGCGUGGGGCCGGCCCAUUUUCAAAAUUUUCGAAGCUCGGCCUGGCUCUGAAACCCUCAAAUUUCCGUAGCCCGGCUCUGUAUUUUGGCGUUAUUUUUUAAACGUCAUGCUUUUCAAACAAAACACUGUUUAUGUACAUAUGUAAAGAAAAGAAAGCACCUGAACUAAACGCCAGACACAAAAAUAGCGUCCGAAAUACAAAUUUUAAUGUCGAAAAUAAAAGAAAAAUUCAUUUUUUCGAAAACAAAAAAUUAAAAAAAAAAUAUUUUGCGAAUUCAAAUCCAGUUCUUACAAUUAAAACACGAUUUCUGAGUCAGUGAAGCAGCCUUUAGUUAGGCCGUGACAUAGAAAAUUUCGAUCUCGGGUUUUUUGCCUUGUUGCAACCGACAUCGUCCUAAAAACUUAUCGGCAAAACAGUUUUGCCUACUUCCGCUGUUAACAUAGUUGUUUUUACAAUUUAUUGUUCAUACAGUAAUCCACAAUAAUUCAGUAAUGACCAUACAGAUAUUCAUGAAAUUGUGCAUACUGAUGUUUUCGAACUCGUAGAUUUCAAAAAAAGUGGUCUUGACUCAUUAGGAUUACUGUAACAUACCAAACUGCCGAUUCGGCCGCCAAAAAUCGGCCGUAAAAAGUUUGUUUCCGAAAACCCACAGCUGAUUUUUACAUAUGUUAAUCAGCAUAAAAUUCUGCCCUACAAACGUUAAAAAAAAGUCCAAAAAGUGGGGCGGCAUUUUUCAUGGUAUAGUGGUUUUGGGUCAGAACUACCAAUCCAGCGUCCCGAGUUCGAGUCCGCCUGGAUGCAAAAACCAAAAAUAAAGCGUAAAUUAGUUUUGAUGUGGUCUUGGGGUCUGUAUGAGGGAGACUGAAUAAUUUUAGACAUAGAUGAUACCCCUAUUUGAGAUAAAAAUUGAUUUUAUAUAAUUUUAGGUGAUAAUUUCGUGAAAAAUAAAACGUCUUCAAAUCGUUUGAAAUUGAUACCAACUCUUCUAGGAAUAAUUCUAAGAAACUUUUCCGUUAGCUUUUUUUGAUUGCUUACUGUACCAUGGAGUACUGUAACAUUAAACCCGAUUUAGUUUUUCACAUACCACAGAGCGCAGAGACAUCGGACUAUCAUUAUAAUGAUAGAAAUGGUUAAGAAUGAGUCGGUUGGAACACCAAAAUGUUUCUAUGGCCGUACGAUUCAAAAGACCUGAGAAAUCUCCCGAAGUUUCACCAAUUAACGAUGAUAUGAAUACACACUGGAAUAGAGAUGGAAUUUUAUUUUAAAUAUGCAGCGCGCAUGGUUUCGACCGUUUAGAAAAGCUAACCAAAAAAAUUCAAAAUUUCAUUUGAAGAAUUUAGAAGAAAACCACGGUUAAGGAAAAAAAGUUUUAUGUUACAGUACUCCAUGGUACAGUAAGCAAUCAAAAAAAGCUAACGGAAAAGUUUCUUAGAAUUAUUUCUAGAAGAGUUGUUAUCAUUUUCAAGCAAUUUGAAGACGUUUUAUUUUUCACGAAUUUGUCAUCUAAAAUUAUAUAAAAUCCAUUUUUAUCUCAAAUAGGGUUAUCAUCUAUGUCUAAAAUUAUUCAGUCUCCCUCAUACAGACCCCAAGACCACAUCAAAACUAAUUUACUCUUUAUUUUUGGUUUUUGCAUCCAGGCGGACUCGAACUCGGGACGCUGACCCGAAACCACUAUACCAUGAAAAAUGCCGCCCCACUUUUUGGACUUUUUUUAACUUUUUUAGGGCAGAAUUUUAUGCUGAUUAACAUAUGUAAAAAUCAGCUGUGGGUUUUCAGAAAAAAACUUUUUACGGCCAAUUUUUGGCGGCCGAAUCGGAAGUUUGGUAUGUUACAGUAAUCCUAAUGAGGCAAAACCACUUUUUUUGUAAUCUACGAGUUCGAAAACAUCAGUAUGCACAAUUUCAUGAAUAUCUGUAUGGUCAUUACUGAAUUAUUGUGGAUUACUGUAUGAACAAUAAAUUGUAAAAACAACUAUGUUAACGGCGGAAGUAGGCAAAACUGUUUUGCCAAUAAGUUUUUAGGAUGAUGUCGGUCACAUUAAGGCAAAAAACCCGAGAUCGAAAUUUUCUAUGUCAAGGGCUGCUACACUCACUCAGAAAUCGUGUUUCAAUGGCUCAUACUGUGCAAUAAACUCGGUUACAGCCUCAUAACCCUGGUCAAAAUCGUCUAUGAUAGCCAGUACUCGUACGAACGGACAGAUCCCAUCCGAAUGUACCACGACUUCUUCGUCCUAACCAAGUACAACAUGAUGGGAGUGUCCGGAAUCAUUUUAUACCUCUUUUCCAAGUACACAAAUGCGAAUUUCGGACGGAGAGGGCUGUUCUACGGGCUGUCAUGCUCUACGUCUGCUUGGACGUUUGCCAUUUCCGGCAAUCUUGGAGAUCCGCAAAGUAAGUGGAGAAAAAAUAAGAUUACUUCUGUCGCAGUUCAAAUAUUGUACGUGAUCACGCUGGCUGGUGUGUUCAGUGUUACGACGGUUAGUGUCAUGGUGAGUUACAUGUUUAUUACGUCUUAGAAACUGAAGAGUCAUCAUUUUAAGCUUACAGGGGAAGUACCCCAAGUGCGACACUCGGAUUUUGGUAAAACUUGGCACAAAAUUAGAAUAAUUUUUUCUAAAAUAUACGCGAGAAUCCUAGCUCGCGCUUUGCAGAAACAACCGAGAUUUUUAGAUCGAAAGUCGGCGAAAAUUUAGGACUUUCUGCCGAAUUUUGGCACGAAAAGUUUUGUGCCUUUUUCUACCGUCAAGGGUAAUGUUUCUACAAAAAAUCCAUUUUUUCCGCACGAAACUGGCAAAGUUAUGGCCAAAAACCUUUUUCCCUCUGACCGCUCUCGUUUAGGGUAUUCUCUCGGCCGCAGAGGUCGUUCAAUAUCUCGGUUGUAAAGUGCGAGUUAAAAUUUUCAGGGGUCGAUACUUAGUCCAUGCCCGACAUGUGUGCAAAAUGUAAAGAAAAUCUGAGCAUCGCACCUGUGUUACUCCCCCUGUAGGAUAAAAUUUUUGAACCUGCGAAAAAUUGAGCGAAUAGGGGUUUAUGUAAUACUUUAUACUCUAUGUCAGCUUGCGAUUAACUUUUAGCCCCUAAAACCCAAAACUGGGCAGCUAAGUUUUACAAUUCUUAAUCAGCAUGAUUUUACGUAUUUUUUUUUUGAUUUAAGUCCCGUCUAAAAGUAGGAGCCCCAUAAAGGAGACUUUCUUUGUUAAAAAAAUGAUUUCCUUUCACAUUGAUUGCUUCAGUUGACAAUUCCAUUUAAACGCCAUUUAUCCCGCUUAUACAGCCAGCACAAAUUCGACCUCCGCAGCAAGACAAUGGUAAGAGUAUUUCCUUGUCGUCUCUAUCGCUCGAUUUUUAGAUCUCGAUUCAACUCCGUUCCUUGAGCAUUUUAAAAUCAGCCCUCUAUCUUUCUCUGGCCCGUCUCUACAUCGGCGCCCCGAUCUUGACCAUUAUCUACGCCUAUAUGGCGCCAGCAUGUAUGAUAACCGGAUCUAGAUAUGUUGGGGCCUUGCACGAUAUCAUUUUUGAGAGUUUUGACACAAUCAUCCCAUUCUGGACAUUGUGGAACGAGCCACUGUUGAGGAAGAAGGCUCCAUGCUUCAGUCGGCGGCGAAACAAAGAUGUGGGAAUGAGAAAUGCCCUGGGGCAGAAGAUCAGUCUAAGCAACAACGGCGACAAACAUUUCGAAGAGUUGAAGGGCAUGUGGGAAAACGUGAGGUAGAGGAGGGGAGAAAGUCAUCAAAAUUCCUCCGCUAACGCCUCAAGUUGUAUCAUCUUACGUAAGAUUCAGUAAAAUUGUAUUAAUACUAUGCGGCUUCAAAAGUGCGUAGAAUUUUUGUCGCAAGCUUUCCGCACUGUGCAGUUGGACUUUUGUGCCGUGCAAUUGAUGCGUCGAGAAGAAAAGUUUACGCGCAUUUGAAAGGCGUAGUAUUUUGCUUUUGAAGGCUAUUUUUGAGGAAACUUUUACGCUCAGAUUAUAAUAAAAGUCAGGACAACACUAGGCUAUUUUAUUUAUUGGGCAUAUGCUAGAUUCCAAGCUCGCGCUUUACCGAAGACACUGCUAUUUUUAAUCCGAAAAGUGUGAAACACGUCUUUUGAGAGUUUGUACUAUACAUGUAUAUCUUCGGAAAGAAACUAUCAGUCUGUCGGGAAAAUAACGGAGGAUUGUCGCGCCUUGCAAUCGCCCAUCGUCGCUUUGCGGCUGCAGCUGGAGAUUUGGUGCGCGAUAGCGGCGAGGCGAGACAUUUUGCUUUCCCGACAGACUGAUAUGAGGUCUAGAAGUAUGACUUUGUCGCUUUCAAUUCAAUUUAUUCACACUAAUCACAUGUAAAAUCAUGGAGUGUAUCAGUCGAGAUUCCAUUGCCUGGUCAGUAUAAGGGUCUCCAUCUCAAGCCAUGUCGUUUUUUCUUUUUGCAUUAUUUACAGGUUGAAAUAAAAUUUCGAAUUUUUUGUUUAGACUAUCUUAAAGAACGCUGAAAACGCUAUCUACUGGCGUGUGUUUUAUAUGGUAGGGCCUUAUCUAACCGAUUUCAUAAACCUUCCAAGACCACCAACUUCGUCUCAAGAAAACAAUGCUGCAUCCUUGCGUCGGGACUGUAUGGCGCGCCUAGUAUCAGUCUGUCGGGAAAAUAAUGAGCGCAUGUCGCUGCGCCUAUUCCGUCGCUGAAGUGAAACGCAAUUUAAUUUUGCCACAACAAAAUUUACUUUCUCGGCGGCGAUGCGAUUUUCGAUGCGACAAAAUGCUUAUAUAUUAUUCUCCCAACAAACCGAUAUGUAUCUAAUCUUGCGUGCAAAGGUUCAAGACAAUUUGCAACACUUCCGUUGUAAGAAUUUCGGGUUUAAUAUAAAGAUGAUAUUCAUAGAUCUUGAGUUCGUUAAGCUAUUUACACCUUUCAAUUUCACCUCAAUUCAAUGAAACGAUGAUAUGACAUUUUGCAGAAAGGGAACUGAAAAUUGUAUUUCUUUGUAUCGCCAAUUUUUUUAAAUAAACUUCAAGAGCAAUAGUGUAACAUAUACAGAACAAUUUCAAAGUAUCAUUUUAUAAUAGUCAGGGAUGGAUGAAUUCAUAUGGCCGAUGAAUGUAGUGUAGUAUUUUGGUGUAUGUAGUAUGUAAUCGUUAUCGUUUCCGUGUAAAAUGAAGUCUUUUAUAUAUGUACUAGUCUUGCCAUAGUGCGUAGACAUUUUGCCGGGUUGCAAAAUGUGUAGCUCUGCUCACAUUUUGCAACCCGGAACUCUGCUUUUUUUCUGAACUCUCCCCCUUUUUCAACUCUCCCCCAAAAAAGGCGAAACAAUCCCCCUUUUUUUAUUUUCACCAAAAAAUCUGAACUCUCCCAGUUUUUGAACACUCCUCCAUUUUGAAAAUUGAAAAAAUCGAAGUGUGACAUGUUAUACGAUGGAAAAUUUUUUCAAACCAUUUUUUCAAUUUGAAAAAAAUUGUCAUCGUAUAAGAUGUCACUCCCAAUUUGUCUCAAUUUGAAAAAAAAUUUCAUCGUAUAACAUGUCACACCUAAUUUUUCUCAAUUUGAAAAAAAUUUCCAUCGUAUAAGAUGUCACACCUCAUUUUUCUCAAUUUGAAAGAAGUUUUCAUCGUAUAGCAUGUCACACCUCAUUUUUUCUUAUUUGAAAAAAAACUUCAUCGUAUAAAAUGUCACACCAAAUUUUUCUCAAUUUGAAAAAAAUUUCCGGCGUAUAACAUGUCACACCAAAUUUUUCUCAAUUUGAAAAAAAAUCAUCGUAUAAAAUGUCACACCCAAUUUUUCUCAAUUUGAAAAAAAUUUUCAUCGUAUAACAUGUCACACCUCAUUUUUUCAAUUUUCAAAAUGAGGGGGAGUGUUCAAAAAGGGGAGGGUUCAUUUAAGGGGAGAGUUAAAAAAGGGGGAGAGUUCAGAUUGGGGAGAGUUCUGCCGCAACGCUUUUGCCGCGCACCGCACCGUGCGUUGCGCUUUUUUCCCCAUUUUGCAAAAUGCACGGUGCGUGAGCGGCAAACAGGCAAAAUGCACGGUGCAUGAGCGACAAACCGGCGAAAAAUGUCUACGCACUUUAUGAGAUUCUUUUGGUAGGCAAUACGCACAUGGAGCUGGCCAAAAGUUUGUUUACAGUUUAACGAAUUAAUCGCAUCACGUAUUAAUGGAAUUCCUAUGCCUGCUGUACGUGUUUACCGCAUCGCUACCCUAUUCCUGUCCUCCAAGUUAAUGUCAUUGUUUUCGCGUGACAGCGGCGUUGCAAGCUUUGGCUCCACGGGUCUUAUGAGCGCAAGUCCAUCCAAAGCUUGCUGUUGCGACAGUCCCGACGACGUGCCCUUUAACCUGAAGGUUGUCUCCGCCAUUGAGCUGGUCGUGGUGGUUGUUUCGCUCUAUACGACGCUCAUUUUUACAGUGUCGAUCAUUCGGUAUCGAUUGUUGACCAGUUUGAGUAAAGUGCUUUUGUUGAACGAGAGCUUUUGCUCGUUUGGAUACCUGAGUCUGCGGUAGGUGUGGUGAAUAUAUGGUUGGAGAAUUCUAAAUAUUUGUGUGUCCAGAAAUGUAUCACAAUAGCACUUGUUUAACAAGAAAAGUACUUUUAUGGGGGCUCCUACUUUACUUUUAGACAUACCUCAAAAAAAUUGUGUCAUCACGCUGCUCAAGGAUAUGGAAAUAUUAGCUGUCCAUUUUAGGUUUUUAGGGGUGAAAAAUCCACCGCAAGUUGAUUUAAAGUCCUAUAUAAACCCUUUUCGUUUAAUUUUUCACAGGUUUGCAAAUUUCAUUUUAACUGGAAAUGAUGUUUGUUGUGUUUCGAAAGCAUAAUAAAUCUGUCUUGGCAUAAAAAUUUAUUUUUCAGACCUUCAAAAAAGUUGAUUUAGGCCAAAAGGGGAAUCGAACCCGUGCGGCAUCGCCCCUCUUGAUUCCCAGGCUGCGGCACUAGCCACUCAGCCACUAAAAGUACUUCCUUGUAAAAUGUGCCAUUGGGAUAAAAAACGGCUGUAUAUAUCAAGGAGUACCCUCCAGAGCAUGUCAAGAAACUUUGAGGUAUUGCAAAGACUUUCGCCGGGGAAAAAGUCCAAGAAAGUCCAGAAAAUCCGUCUUUCAAAUUGGACAUUAUAAAAGUUUUGAACCUAAAUUGAUUUGUGGCGACUGUAUUAUUAUUUUCAUAAAGUACAAGGAAAUUUUAACGCGAUCCGUACCGUGCACAAAAACCCCUUAUUUUUGCACUGUGCACUUUAACUCGAUCUUGCUGCGGCGUAAAAAUUUCUUUAAUCGCCGCCUAGGAUCUGCUGAAGGGUUCACACAGUUCAAAAAAACUUUUUUCGGGCCUGCACUGUGCGAAAAGAGAAGAAUGCACUGUGCGUUGGUGACAAGUCUAGAAAAAGUUCAAAAUGCACUGUGCGAAAGAGAGAAAGCGUCCAUGCACUUUAUGAGUCCGUCUGGAAUAAAAAACAAUGUUAUUUUCCCGCUACAUAAUUGAUUUUCUCUGCGGCGAUGCGAUCUUUGAUGCAACAGAGUGCUUGUAAAAUAAUUAUUUUCCCGACGGACUGAUGUGCAAAUUCGGUGUGGGACCUGAUCCAGUGGCAAAAAAGGUAUCAUUUUGCAUCCGGGAAGUAUCAAAAAUGUGGCAAAAUGCCUCCCUCUCCCACUAAAAAAACUCAGUUUGAAAGGGCGCGCUUUUGAAAUCGGACUUUUUUCACUUCGAGAAGGAGGUAUUUUGCUGCAUUUUUGAUACUUCCCGGAUGCAAAAUGGUACAUUUUUGGCCAAUGGAUCAGGUCCGCCACUAUACUAAUAGAGGUUGUCUUAGCUAUGCAUAACCUCUGUUUAAUCUUUAAUCUUACAUUCUAAACAGCUGUCUUUUUGACACAUUUUUUGGACACUCAAAAAUUUAGACUUCUCGAGCCAUAUAUCCAUUGAAAAUCUUUAGACUUAUCAUCCUCAUAAACGUUGUCUUCAACAGCAGAUACACGUAUUCGAAGGACGAUAGGAUGGGUCUGUAUCACGACUUUUUCGUCUGCUCCAAAUACGAUAUGAUCGCAAUAUCCGGCAUCAUGUUAUAUAUAUUUUGCAAGUUCACAAACUCCAACUUCGGAUGCAAGGGAGCGUUUAAUGGACUGCUAUGCACUCUCAUUUCAUGGGUCCUUUCGAUUGUUGGGCUUUUCGGCGAUUCGCACAGUAAGUGGUUGGGAAAUCGCUGAGUUUUGUUUAGCCAAUACUUACCAUCUUCUACUGGCAUCUCUCAUGUUCACUGUCACGGCCGGCAGUGUGGUUGUAAGUGCUUUUUCAGAUGUUUCUAUAGGAAAAAUCAAAAAUUAAAGUGUAUUUUUUAGUUGACAAUCCCGUUCAAGAGCCAGUUGGCCAGUUUGUACUUCCAACAUAAGUUUGACCUCCAUAACAAGACAAUGGUAAGUAAUGGGAUCUCGCAACUUUUGCGGUCAACCAUUUUGUGGACAGCCGACUUUUACCGGCCACAACUGCAAUUUCCCUUUCGUAAUCUACGUAGUAUCAUAGAAAUUUUGUAUUGACGACUCCUUUGUACUGAUAAGCACACGAAUCAAUUGAAUCCACUCACCGCUUGCGAAAUUAUGGUGGUUUGUUUUCAAAAAUAUGGUUUCUGAACCUUUAGAAAUGCCGGGAUAACGUUAUAGUCACUUUUCAAACCACUUAUACACCUGUAAACAUAAUUUGCAACAUCUAACUGCCAAAAAAAUCGUUUGAAUUUCUUGUUGCAAGCAAAUGUUGGCGGAUUUCGAAACAUCCCCUCGGAAUCUCCGUGGUUUUUUUGUUAUAUGUAGCAGCCCGCAAAGUGGUUGUCCGCAAGUGUAGGCCUACUGGUAAUGAAUGUGGUCCGGCACAAAAACCGCAACGCCAACUCCCCUCACUAACAAUGGAAGGCUCCCAAAUCUUUGCCUAGAGAUUGAACAGUCUUUUGCCGUAGGGAGAGUGUGCGGAGCGUGGAGAGAGGAGAUCAGAGAAAAAGCACCCUUUUUGCGAUACUUUCGCCAGCGACAGAAAAAAAUUAACUUUUUUGUGGAAAAAUGUUCUUCUACUAUAGUGACACUUUUCACGCCAUAAUUCGCAUGAAUUCGGAAAAAACGUCAUCCAAAAAAGAAAUCCGGGAAAUUAGUCAUCCAAAUUGAUGACUGUUGGCUAGAAUUUUGAACCUUAUAUUUUCUAUGGAUACUCCAGGGAGUAGUCCUAGCCCUCUGGAGCCGUUUUGGUACCACAGGCCCAUUUUAGAUAAUGUCAUCGUGACACACUAUAUUUUUAUGAAUAUAGUUUGAGCUAGGCUUAAAUACGGCCCUCUAAACUUGGCUUUUGCAGAUCUCCAUUCAACUCCGCUCCCUAUCGAUUCAAAAGUCCGUGAUGUACCUCUCAUUAGUCCGCUUGUUCAUCGGUCUUCCAAUUCUGGUCUUCAUCCUUGCCUACAUGGUGCCCCAUUGCUUGCUGAUGGAGUCGCGCUAUGUUGGCGCGCUGCACGACAUUGUCUUCCAAUCCUUCGACAUUGCCAUCCCGUUCUGGAUAUUUUGGAACGAGCCGUUGUUGCGCAAGAAGAUCCCGUGCCGUCCGGCCGAACACGGCAAGGACAUGGCGAUGAGGAAUGCGUUGGGGCAGAAGAUUAGCGUGAUCAACAGCGGCGAUCGGCAUUUCGCGGAGCUGCGGCAGGUGUGGGGACCAGAAGCGGCGCCGAAAAAGUCGAAAAGUGCCGGCUAUCCCACGCGGUCGGAUGUCCGAUUGUUUUCAACGAAGCGACAAUAAAGACAGAGCCAUAUGUAGUUGUUUUUGAUAAUUUUUGACCUUAUAGUUUAGCAGAUGAUUUGUCAAGGCAUGGACCAUUUUUUUGACUUCCCAGAAACUGUGAGUCUGUCGGGAAAACAAGGACCAAAAUAUCGCUGUUGCGUCGCUGUACUAAAAAGAAAUUUGAUUUUGCCGCAACACAAUUAAUUUUCUCGGCGGCGAUGCGCUUUUCAAUGCGACAGAAUGCUCAUUAUUUUCCCGACAGACUGAUAGUAUUUUCAUAAAGUGCAUGAACAUUUGACGCGUCCCACACCGUGGAGAAAAAGCACUGCAUUUUUUGCACAGUGCAAACGGCUAUUUUUUUAGGUUUGCAUUGUGCAUUGUCCUUUGAAAUAUCGCUACAACGUAGGCAAGUUUUGACUAAUACGUCGCUAUAGAAAUUUGCACAGUGCAAACGGCUUUUUUGAGGCUUGGAAUGUGCAAAACUUUAUGAAACUGCUAAUAUCAGUAUGUCGGGAAAAUAAUGGGCACAAUGUCUCUGCGGCAAUGGCGUCGCGAAAUUUAUUUGAUUUUGUUGCCACAACUCAUUUUCUCUGCGACGAUGCGAUUUUCGAUGCGAGUGCACAUUAUUUUCCCGACAAACUAAAAAACAGCAAGCCUAUUCAACUGAUUUUUCUUCAGGCCGGCCUGCCCGGACCAGCAUUCUCUAGGGCCUGGCCCGCGGCUCUAGAUCGAUCAUUGAGCCAUGCCUAA